AAUAUCUCUACAUCAAAAAUUUUACGCGUGUAUUUUAAAUUGUGAACAGUGACAAAAUUCUAGUGAUAUUUCAAUGCAAAAUGUGUAAUUCGGACAUAACUGAUAAGACUUGUUCAAUAACACAAUUAAAAUAUAAGAAUAAAUUCAAGCGGUUUUUGAAAAAACAGCGACAUAUCGUAGGGUUGUAUAGACCUAAUGUACUUCAUUCCUACUUAUCACAUAGUCAGAUCUUGCACUAUUUGGAAUAUACAGAAAAUAAGUUUUUAUUUACUAAAAUUCAUAUGCUCGGUUAUUCCUAUGAACAUCGCCCAAUAACAGCCAUUGAAAUAAAUUGGUAUGAUCCCAGAAACUGUAAAAUGUCUUUAAAUCAGCCUAAACCAAUAACCACUGAAGAUUCAGGUAAUAUGAAGAAUCGUGAUAUUAUCUUUAUUGAAGGAGGGACACAUGCACGUGAAUGGAUAACGAUAUCGGUUGCUUUAAAUUGCAUUUAUCAAUUAACCGAACGGAAUACAACACAACGUGAUGUACUACGGAAAUUACGGUUCUUCAUAAUUCCAGUGGUCAAUCCUGAUGGUUAUGAAUAUUCCAGAACUAAGAACGUUCGCUGGCGAAAGAAUCGCCGACCUCAGGAGAAUCAUAGAGUGAUUGGUAUAGAUUGUAAUCGAAACUAUGAUGUUGAUUGGGAAAAUGGUAAUGCACAUAAAAGUAGGUGUACAUUUAAAGGCGAUAAACCAUUCUCUGAACCUGAAACCCGUGCAGUUCGGAAUAUUAUGACAAAACUAGCAAACGAAAUUGUAUUGGUUCUUUCGCUGCACUCCUAUGCUCAAUCUAUUAUGUAUCCAUGGGGAUACACGAAAAAGCUACCACCUAACAACUCGAAAUUAAUGGAGGUCGCACAAGCUGGACAUAUAGCUAUCAGAAGGCAUAAUGGUCGUCGCUAUAAGAUUGGUAAUAUAUCGCAUUGCAUAAAACAUACCAUCCCAGGAUCUAUAAUUGAUUAUGCUUUCGGCUUACUCAAGAUACCUUUGGCCAUAGUGGUUGAAUUACCAUCAAAAGAACUUGGAUUUCAGCCACCAAUUGACACAAUUUACCCAAUUGGACAAGAAAGUUGGCUUGGUAUUCGUGCAAUGUCGCUCUGUGCUUAUAAAAUUAUAUCUGCAGACAAAUCAAUUAUACUUGUCGAUCAACCGUAUACGAAAAAUACAGCUCAUGUUGAAUACAGCUCAUGUGAGCUGCAAAAAAAUAAAUCAAAUAUGAAUAGUGUUGGUACACAGUGUGAUUUAACUUUAAAACCGAGCACCGUCAAACAAAAACAAUUACACUUAAUCGAAAGUUUACUUAAUUAACAAUUGAGUGUAGUUGAUAACAGAACUUACCUCAUACUUCAAACCAACAUUGUGGCAACGUCUUUACUUCAGCUCAGUUAAAUUUGACUAAGUUGAAAUUGAUUUCAUUUCAACUUAAUGAAGAGUACAAAAAUCCAAAUUUGUAAAAAUUAAUAUUAGUAUAUCUAAUACAUUUAUUAUAAGAAAUCUUUUAGAAUUAUUGUUAAACAGUUUUAAAUGUUAUCAAAAACCAAAUUUAUUACCUACAUGAUUUCGAAAAGUAUACAAAUUAUAAUUCGUGUAUGUAGCUAAACACAAAAUUU